AUUGGAAAUGGAAGAACGUAGUGCCUACGCUUUGGCUCUCGAUUUAAUUUUUAAUUUUUGAGAUUUGAGACGGAGGGUUUAAUGAUUAGUUUCCCUCCAAUAUCCUCCUCACGCACACCCACUCUCCACUUUCAUUCUCUUUUCAUUUUGGGUAUCACUCAAUAGUUUCAUCAUUUGCUCUUCGCCGCACGCAAUCAAACCUCAAAACCCUCCUCUCAAUCAUAUAAAUCCCGGAAAAUUCAUCUGCAGUAAGUGCAACUUUCUUUCUCCUUUCUUAUUCCCAGACACCUUAAUUUGCCAAAGUUUUAGGGUUUCGCUACUUCUCAGGUAAUUUUGACAUGGAUUCUACUGCACAAACUUUCAACCACCGGUUGACAUCAAUCAAAUUAUGGCCCCCCAGCCAGAGUACCAGGCUGUUGCUUGUAGAAAGAAUGACCAAGAAUCUCAUAACUCCAUCCAUUUUCUCUAGGAAGUAUGGCCUGCUUAAUAAAGAAGAGGCUGAGCAGGAUUCAAAGCAAAUAGAGAAUAUUGCUUUUGCAACUGCAAACCAGCAUUUUGAGAAGGAGCCAGAUGGUGAUGGAGGUUCUGCAGUGCAAAUAUAUGCCAAAGAAUCAAGUAGGCUUAUGCUGGAAGUUUUAAAAAGAGGUCCUAGAAAGAAGGAUGAAGAGAUACAAACAUCUGAAAAAGACAGUGCUGCUCAUGAGACUGUCUUUGAUAUAUCUGGCGGUCAUCGAUCCUUUAUUGAUGCAAAGGAGGCUGAGGAGCUUUUAAAGCCACUAUCAGUACAGGGAAAUAAAUACACUAAGAUUUGCUUCAGCAAUAGAAGCUUUGGUUUAGAUGCAGCUCGUGUUGCUGAGCCUAUCUUAUUAUCCAUUAAAGAUCAAUUGACAGAAGUGAAUCUAUCAGAUUUUAUUGCAGGAAGGCCUGAGGCCGAAGCACUUGAAGUUAUGAAUAUAUUUUCUGCAGCCUUGGAAGGAUGUGUUUUGAGGUUUCUGGACCUUUCAAACAACGCCAUGGGCGAGAAGGGUGUCAGGGCAUUUGGUUCACUAUUGAGGUCACAACAUAGUUUGGAGGAGCUUUAUUUGAUGAAUGAUGGAAUCUCAGAGGAAGCUGCUAGAGCCAUUUCUGACUUAAUUCCAUCAACAGAGAAGCUUAGGAUUCUUCAUUUUCACAAUAACAUGACAGGAGAUGAGGGGGCAAUUGCGAUAUCAAAGAUGUUAGGGCAUUCACCUGUUUUGGAGGAUUUCCGAUGUUCUUCAACAAGGGUGGGUUCUGAAGGGGGUGUGGCACUAGCUGAAGCACUUGCGACUUGUACCUAUUUGAAGAAGCUAGAUCUACGUGACAAUAUGUUUGGUGUAGAAGCUGGAUUAGCUUUGAGUAAUUCUAUACCUGCCUUCUCAGAUCUUACUGAAAUUUACCUUAGUUACCUUAACUUGGAAGAUGAAGGUACAGAAGCACUUGCCCAUGCUCUCAAGGAUUCUGCUCCUUCACUUGAAGUGCUGGAAAUGGCUGGAAAUGACAUUACUACAAAAUCUGCUGCUGCUUUAGCUACAACUAUAGCUGCAAAACAAUUCCUUACCAUAUUAAACUUGUCUGAGAAUGAGCUGAAGGACGAAGGUGCCAUUCUGAUCGGCAAAGCAUUGGAAGAUGGUCAUGGCCAGUUGAAGGAGGUUGAUAUGAGCACAAAUAUGAUCAGAAGAGCUGGAGCACGGUUUUUGGCUCAAGUUGUUUUGCUUAAAUCUGGUUUCAAGCUGCUAAAUAUUAAUGGAAACUACAUAUCUGAUGAAGGAAUUGAUGAGGUGAAGGAUAUUUUUAAGAAUUCACCCAGUAUGCUGGGGCUAUUGGAUGAGAACGACCCAGAAGGAGAGGAUGAUGCUGAUGAGGAAGAUGCUGAUAAUGAUGACGAACUGGAAUCAAGACUCAAGGGCCUUGAGAUCAAGCAAGAUGAGUAGAACUCUAGCGCAUGCCUUCUGCUCAUUUGGAUUUAUCUUGAUUGAAAUUAUGGAUCAAAAUUUACAUUUUAUUUUAUUACCAUGAGUAGUUCCAGCUUCCUUUGUUGUAGAUUAGGUUUAGUAUUCAGCACAUUCAUGUUUAGUGGAGCUAGCUGACUACUCCAAUUUACCUGCUAUAUUCAGUUGCUGACUCGUGCAGUUUCUAAUGUUUGCUCGACAUUAAAUUUGUGAAAUAUUUAUUUCUUGGUGACAAAAGCUUAAUCAUAUGGUGGUCCCAAUUACAGUUUC